CUCUUUCGGCAGUCAAUCGGUGCGGUUGCAUUUUUAGUCAGUCUAUUGCCUCGUCGCCUCCUACCAAUAACCAAGUGUGGUUUACAAAUUUUUCAACUUGAAUUGCAAAGUUUCAAUUCAAUUUUUUCAAACAAUUUUCGUCGUUUGUUGUUAAAUAAAACAAAAAGCUUACAAAAUGUGUGACGAAGAAGUUGCUGCAUUGGUUGUCGACAAUGGCUCCGGCAUGUGCAAGGCUGGCUUCGCUGGCGAUGAUGCGCCCCGCGCUGUCUUCCCAUCGAUUGUGGGCCGUCCACGUCAUCAGGGCGUGAUGGUCGGUAUGGGCCAAAAGGACUCGUAUGUGGGUGAUGAGGCACAGAGCAAACGUGGUAUCCUCACCCUGAAGUACCCCAUUGAGCACGGUAUUGUGACCAACUGGGAUGAUAUGGAGAAGAUCUGGCAUCACACCUUCUACAAUGAGCUGCGUGUGGCUCCCGAGGAGCACCCCGUGCUCUUGACCGAAGCUCCCCUCAACCCCAAGGCCAAUCGCGAGAAGAUGACACAGAUCAUGUUUGAGACCUUCAACACACCCGCCAUGUAUGUGGCCAUCCAGGCGGUGCUUUCGCUCUAUGCUUCCGGUCGUACCACUGGUAUUGUCCUCGAUUCUGGUGAUGGUGUCUCCCACACUGUGCCCAUCUAUGAGGGUUAUGCCCUGCCCCAUGCCAUUCUCCGUCUGGAUUUGGCUGGUCGCGAUUUGACCGAUUAUUUGAUGAAGAUCCUCACUGAGCGUGGCUACUCUUUCACCACCACUGCCGAGCGUGAAAUUGUUCGUGACAUCAAGGAGAAGCUCUGCUAUGUUGCUCUCGACUUCGAGCAGGAGAUGGCCACCGCUGCCUCUAGCUCCUCCCUGGAGAAGUCUUAUGAGCUUCCCGACGGACAGGUCAUUACCAUCGGUAAUGAGCGUUUCCGUUGCCCCGAGGCCCUGUUCCAGCCCUCGUUCUUGGGUAUGGAGGCAUGCGGCAUCCAUGAGACCACCUACAAUUCGAUCAUGAAGUGCGAUGUUGAUAUCCGUAAGGAUCUGUAUGCCAACACAGUGCUGUCUGGUGGCACCACCAUGUACCCAGGCAUUGCUGAUCGUAUGCAAAAGGAGAUCACCGCCUUGGCCCCAUCCACCAUGAAGAUCAAGAUCAUUGCACCACCAGAGCGCAAAUACUCCGUAUGGAUCGGUGGUUCCAUCUUGGCAUCGCUUUCCACCUUCCAGCAGAUGUGGAUCUCCAAGCAGGAAUACGAUGAGUCCGGCCCAUCCAUUGUGCACCGCAAGUGCUUCUAAGCAGCAACACCAACCAACAGGGAGGAGCAGCAA